UGGGACUGGAAAAGGAAACAGUGACCAGCCAAGCCAGGGAACCAUAGACCAGAGAGGCUGACAUGAGUACUGGGUUUGACGAUACUUCACCUUUCUCAUUCCUCAGACUCCAACCCACUUUGAUUCUGAAAGAUUUGACUGUUAUUUCCGGUCAGUCAGCUUGCCGAAGCAGUCAGAUUUCCGUCAUACUACUCUGAAUAAAAAUGGCAUCAGGAGAUGAGCUUCCAUCACAUCUCACUGUCGAUACCUCCAACGUUCAAAUUCUUAACUCUGAGACCUCAAAAAGACUCGUCGAAAAUUUUGUAAUCGCUCUCAUGAACAAGGAGCGUUUCUACAUCCGCACAUUCUUUUCGACAUACAAAGCAUAUACCACUGCUGAAAGUGUGUUGUACAUCCUCCUGGACAAAUAUGGAAGCUUUGACACCUCAGAGGCAGAAGAGAUUCCAGUAAUCGAUUCAGUGAGCACAAACAGCGGAAACAAUGCUAACAUUCCGAGCUGUGAGGAGCUUGAAAAUCCAAUUCCUGUAGAGACAGUUGCUGAGAUCAGAAAGUAAGUAUUGAUCCAAUGUAUGAGGAAAUGAUGCUUUAAUCAGAAUACAACUAUGUGAAGGGCAACCUCUGGAGGCCGCCAUUUUCAGGAACAUUAUUUAGAGACUUUCUCCUGAAACUUAGCAGCAUCUGUGGUGAGAAAACA